CAAUAUUCAAUGCAGUGCCCCGGUCCCUCAGGGAUGGUUGGCUUGCUUUAAGGCGUGUACCACCCCUUCCAUUCUUCUCGGCCUGCCUCUGCUCCUUCCUCCACCCCUUCAGCCGUUCCGCCUCCUCUUUUCUCCUUUCUCCUGCAUACUUCAAAUCAUUCUUCAGUCACUCGUUCAUCCUUCGCUUCUCCUCUUCCAAUCUUCCUAUAUCCGGCACCGUUUUCAUCUCCCCCCGAACCAUAUCUGCUCGCUAAUCUAGCUGACGGGCCCUCACAUUCGUUUCUUUUAUUAUCUGUGUUAUAUCUCUGCACGUUUUCGGCUUCUACCUUCACCAUGAAGGGAUCCGCUGUCGCAACAGCCCUCACCCUCGGUGCUUCCACCGUCCUCGCUGCCCCUUCGCUCCAGGCCCGCGAUGAUGUCACCGCUAUCACAGUCAAGGGCAACGCUUUCUUUAAGGGUAACGAUCGAUUCUAUAUUCGCGGUGUCGACUAUCAGCCUGGUGGUUCUUCGAAACUCGCCGACCCCAUUGCUGAUGCGGACGGCUGCAAGCGCGACAUCAAAAAGUUUACCGAGCUCGGGCUGAACACCAUUCGUGUGUACUCGGUGGACAACUCCCAGGACCAUGACGAAUGCAUGAACGCUCUGGCGGAUGCUGGCAUCUACCUGGUCCUUGAUGUCAACACGCCCAAGUACUCGCUCAACCGUGCCGAUCCCGCACCGUCGUAUAACGAUGUGUAUCUCCAAUACAUCUUUGCUACCGUCGACAAGUUUGCCAACUACAAGAACACCCUUGCUUUCUUUUCGGGUAACGAGGUCAUCAAUGAUGGCCCUUCCUCCAAAGCCGCGCCUUAUGUCAAGGCUGUGACGCGUGAUCUCCGCCAGUACAUCCGCAGCCGCAACUACCGUGAGAUCCCCGUGGGAUACUCCGCCGCCGACAUUGACACCAACCGUCUCCAGAUGGCCGAGUACAUGAACUGCGGUACUGAUGAUGAGCGCAGCGACUUCUUUGCCUUCAACGACUACUCCUGGUGCGACCCGUCUUCCUUCACCACCUCGGGCUGGGAUCAGAAGGUCAAGAAUUUCACUGGAUACGGCCUGCCUCUUUUCCUCUCUGAAUAUGGUUGCAACACCAACAAGCGUGAAUUCGAGGAGGUCAGCGCUUUGUACAACACCGAGAUGACCGGUGUCUACUCGGGUGGUUUGGUGUACGAGUACUCCCAGGAAGCUAGCAACUACGGCCUUGUGGAGAUCAGCGGGGACAGUGUCAAGACCCUCUCCGAUUACGAUGCUCUGAAGUCUGCUUUCUCCAAGACCAGCAACCCCCAGGGUGAUGGCGGCUACAACCAGACGGGUGGCGCCAAUGCUUGCCCUGCCAAGGAUUCUCCCAACUGGGACGUCGAUGGGGAUUCCCUUCCCGCCAUCCCGGAACCCGCGAAGAAGUACAUGACCGAGGGCGCUGGCAAGGGCGUUGGAUUCUCCGGCUCUGGUAGCAUGAAUGCCGGCACUGCGUCUACCAGCACUGCCACGCCCGGAUCUGGUUCUGCCACCUCUUCCAGCUCCAGCUCCGGUUCCGGUUCGAGCGGAACGUCGACGAGCUCUACGGGUGCUGCUGCUGGACUGCAGGCUCCAGCUCUGACCAUGGCCCCUGUGCUGGUGGGACUAGUGACUGUCGUGUCCACCCUAUUUGGUGCUGGCCUGAUCCUUGUGUGAGAACUGUUUUG